AUGAGAGGCAUUGCUGCUGCUCAGGGAGAGGAGGCGAGGAAGGCGGCAAUCGAGCUGGCUGAGGGGCUGGCGCUGUUGAAGGAAGCCUUUGAGAAGACUAGCAAAGGAAAGGACUUCUUCAGUGGAGACAAAUUUGGGUAUCUUGACAUUGCAUUUGGGUGCUUCCUGGGGUGGCUAAGAGUGACAGAGAAGAUGAAUGGCCUCAAACCGCUGGACGAAACAAAGACACCAGGGCUGGCCAAAUGGGCUCACAAGUUCUGUGCAGCUGCUUCUGUGAAAGAUGUUAUCCUCUGGUUGUUUUUUUUUGGAUACUCCCAAAGUUUGAUGGUGGUUGUCUGUCAUGGAACAGAUCCAAACUUCACUACAAACGUUCUGUAA